UUUCCUCCUCUUUUACUCCCUGUGUUCAACAUGGCAGUCGGCAAGAAUAAGAGGCUGACCAAAGGUGGCAAAAAAGGUGCCAAAAAGAAGAUUGUUGAUCCUUUCUCCAAGAAGGACUGGUAUGAUGUCAAGGCACCAGCCAUGUUCAACAUUCGCAACCUGGGCAAGACUUUGGUCACCAGGACUCAGGGAACCAAAAUUGCCUCUGAUGGUCUGAAGGGACGUGUGUUCGAGGUCAGCCUGGCUGAUCUGCAGAACGAUGAGGUGGCCUUCCGUAAAUUCAAGUUGGUCACAGAAGACGUGCAGGGCAAGAACUGCCUCACCAACUUCCACGGCAUGGACCUUACCCGUGACAAGAUGUGCUCCAUGGUCAAGAAGUGGCAGACAAUGAUUGAGGCCCACGUUGAUGUGAAGACCACUGAUGGCUAUCUCCUCCGCCUUUUCUGCGUGGGCUUCACCAAAAAGCGCACCAAUCAGAUCAGGAAGACCUCCUAUGCUCAGCACCAGCAGGUCCGUCAGAUCCGCAAGAAGAUGGUGGAGAUCAUGAGCCGUGAGGUUCAAACCAAUGACCUCAAAGAGGUGGUCAACAAACUGAUUCCUGACAGCAUCGGCAAGGACAUUGAAAAGGCCUGCCAGUCCAUCUAUCCUUUACAUGACGUCUAUGUCAGAAAGGUUAAGAUGCUGAAGAAGCCCAAGUUUGAGCUUGGAAAGCUGAUGGAGCUGCAUGGCGAGGGUGUUACCAGCAGUACUGCUAAACCUGCAGAAGGUGAAACUGGGGCCAAGGUGGAGAGAGCUGACGGAUACGAGCCCCCCAUCCAGGAGUCUGUUUGAUAUUCCCAAGGCAAACAACUGAUGUCAAUAAACAUGUAAAUUUGAA